AUGAAUGUGUCGCCUGAACUAGGUCUGGCGCCAGUGCGCAUCUCCAAAAUUGCCGACCGCUAUCUUGUCUUUGAUGCAGAAGAUGUAGCUCGGAUUCGACGAAACCACAACAUUUGCUCAGUGCUGAUUGGAACUACACCGCAAAAUCCGACACAGAAUGUGUUCCUGAGUUUGCCCCUUGAAUUACUGCCCGAGGAAGCCAGUGUGCUCAUCGAGAAGAAGGUAGGCCGCCUGGUCGACGAGACAUCCCAACACCUUUCCUGCCUUGGUUCCCCAGACCAACAGACUCGCCACGCCUACGUCACAAUCUUGAAGGACCGCCGGGACGAGGCGCAACAAUUGAUAGCCGAGGAUCAAGCCAAGAAGUCUUCGGUGCAGGCACGAAGGGCUUCGGGUGCUCAGGUGCCAAAUGCCGUCACGGCGGGCAAGGCGUCUUCGGAGAAUAUUCUGCCACAGGACAAGCUGCUGGCGGUCACACCCACAACGAGUGGCGGUCUUCAGAAUGCCCAGGAUAGGAUUCUGACCGUUCCGUCUCCGCCUCUCGGCCCUCUCCACCAGUACCUUUUAUCAAGAGGCUACUAUAUGACACCCGGUCUUCGUUUCGGUGCCGACUACAGCGUGUAUCCUGGUGAUCCACUACGCUAUCACGCUCACUUCCUUGCUACGAAUUAUGGAUGCGAUGAGAAAAUCCCCAUGCUCGACAUAGUGGGCAGCGGACGUCUAGGCACCUCGGUCAAGAAAGGUUUCUUAUUUGGAGGAGAAGCCGCCGUCCCUGGAGACGCGACUGCGAAACAUGUACGCACGUUCUGCGUCGAAUGGGCUGGGAUGUGA